AUGAUCCACCACAUCAACUCAUCCGAGGAGCUCCAAUCCCUGCUCAACUCGACAACCUACGUCGCCGUCGACUUCUUUGCCGACUGGUGCCCCCCCUGCAAGGCCAUCGCCCCCGUCUUUGAGACCCUCGCCACCAAGCACAGCGUCCCCGACGUCCUCGCCUUCGCAAAGGUCAACGUCGACCACGUCCAGGACGCCGCUCGCACCUACGGCGUCACCGCCAUGCCCACCUUUCUCUUCUUCAAGGAGGGAAACCAGGUCGCCGUCAACGGCCAGGCCAUGAUCCGGGGUGCUGACCCUCGGAGCCUCGGUGCCGCUGCCGAGAAGCUGGGUGGUCUAGCCCAGAAGCGGGUUGAGGCUGCCAAGAGCUCGCUGUAG